AUGAAAUCGCCUGGAGGAAAAGCAGAUGUGUAUAACGCAACCUCUUUGAGACACAUAUCCUUUGUUAACUUUUCAAGUAGAGGUUUCCAAGAAAAUCAGAGCGAACUGUCUACAGAUAUGAACAAUAUUAAGAAAGAAAGUGAUUGUACAACAAGAGGAACUGAUGGCUCUUUCAUCGAAAAUAUAGAGUCGGACAAGCAGUACUUUAAGGUUUACUCGGACGAAAAUGAACAAGCCGAGAAAGUGGCGUACUUGGAAAGAACUUUCAAGUUUCUGCAGCAACAGCACCAAGAGAUUUUAAAAUCAUUGCAUGAAGAAGUUGAAACGUUGAAGAAAAAAAAUAAAGUGAAAUCAUUCAGCGUCAACGAUCACAAAGGUAUGUCAAAAUUAAAAAGUAAAAUAUUAAUCCUGUCAUUGGCAGACAAUUUACCGAAAAUAUCUUAG